AAAAACAACAGGCAAAUUUUGACACAUACCAUAUGGUUAGUGGAUAACAGAAACAAAUUGCUUGUGAAGAUUGAAGAUGUUGCACAAGAAGUUCUGUCGUAACUUUAUUAAUACACUUUGCUUUUGAUUAGUUAAAUAAGGGAGUUAUAUCUGUGGACAGUAUGCCGAUAAGCGAGAUAAUAAGCAGUUUGUCAACUAAUCCAUAUUUCGGAGCUGGAUUUGGUUUGUUUGGUAUAGGCGCUGGUGCAGCAAUAUUGCGAAAAGGUCUGCAAGGUGGUCUGGUACUUUUUCGACGUCAUUUUAUGAUAACUUUAGAAGUUCCUUGUCGCGACAAGUCUUAUCAAUGGCUUCUUCAAUGGAUAACUACUAGAGGCGCCAGGGAAACACAACAUUUAAGCGUUGAGACAUCGUUUGUCCAGAAAGACACGGGGAAAAUCCAAACAAAAUACGAUUUCAUUCCUAGUAUAGGAAAGCAUUUAAUGUAUUAUCGCGGCGUUUGGAUCCAAGUGGAAAGGAAUCGAGAACAACAGACGCUUGACUUGCAUAUGGGUGUGCCAUGGGAGUCUGUAACUCUUACUGCCUUUGGUCGUAAUAAGCAGCUAUAUUUUGAUAUUUUAGAAGAUGCACGACAACUUGCCUUAGAAGCAACAGAAGGAAAAACUAUUAUGUAUACUGCUAUGGGUCCGGAGUGGAGACCAUUCGGUCAUCCACGUAGACGUCGACCAGUAUCUUCGGUUGUUCUAGACAAGGGAGUAAGUGAGCAAAUAAUUUCAGAUUGUAAAGAAUUCAUAAGUAAUUCACAAUGGUACACUGACCGGGGAAUUCCUUAUCGCAGAGGUUAUUUACUAUAUGGUCCUCCUGGUUGCGGUAAAUCUAGUUUUAUUACGGCAUUAGCCGGGGAAUUGGAAUAUGGAAUAUGUCUUCUCAAUUUGUCAGAAAGGGGAUUGACAGAUGAUCGCCUUAAUCACCUGCUAAAUGUUGCACCAGAACAGUCAAUUAUUCUAUUAGAGGAUGUUGAUGCUGCUUUCGCUUCCCGAGAAGAUGUUUCGAAACAGUCUGCAGCAUAUGAUGGUUUAAAUAGGGUAACAUUCAGUGGACUACUCAACUGUCUAGAUGGUGUCGCCUCUACUGAAGCACGCAUAGUAUUUAUGACCACAAACUACCUUGACCGCUUAGAUCCUGCUCUGAUAAGACCAGGUCGUGUUGAUAUGCAAACAUAUGUGGGUUUCUGUACGGAAUAUCAACUAGUGGAAAUGUUUAAUAGAUUCUACAAGCAGGAGGAUAAUUCAUCAAAUAAUUAUGCUCUCGAUUUUGCCAAGGCUGUGCUAGCUGUUGGCAAACCCGUAAGUCCAGCUCAGAUUCAGGGUUAUUUUAUGAAACACAAGACAGCAGCAGCUAAAGAUGUUGUAAAUAAUUUGUCACAAAUUUGGAAUAAAGAAAAAAUUUUCUAAAUUUAU